GCUUUGCAGGCAGUGGGAAGGGGGGCUUUCCGUGGCAUGGGGCAGGUGGUCUGCACUUGCUGGCUGGGCGGGAAUGAGCUGUGAUAGGACGUGUCUCCGGUGGUCGGCGGGAGAUCUGUGUACAGACCGGGCGCCAGUCAUAUCGUGCUCUUCGUGGGCUGCUGUCCGGAUGAUGUGACCCCUCAGGACCUGGAGGCGGAAAAUGACUUAAGAGACCCAGGAUUCUACAUCUCAAGCCGUGCCGAUUAGUGAUUUUACAGCGGAACAAAAGAACAGAAACCCAGAUCAGUUUGUGCAAAUGAAGCCGUUUCCUGAGCAGAUGUCCGCACGCUGAAAAUGGCUCCAGCUCUGCGGGAUAUUGUGGAAUCCAGUACUGGGGGACUGAGCAACGAACAAGCUUUGUAUCUGGCAUGGGGAGGACUGGCUGCAGUGUCUGUAAUCCUCCUCGUUACCAUCUUCCUGCUAUGUUCUAGCUGUGAUCGAGAAGAGAAUAAAAAACAACACAGCGGGGACCAUGAAAAUCUCAUGAAUGUGCCGUCUGAUAAGGAAACAUACAGCCACUCCAUCACAAGCCUUGGGACGGAUCCCCCUGCCAGCUAUCGUAACGGUGCUGUCAGUAAUGGAGAUGUUUCAGAGGAUAGUACAGCUGCCUGCAUCCAACCAUACGAAGAUGUACAGAGCUCUCUCCCUGACCUUUGUGACCUCCAGGACUACUCUGCAAGAUCAUCCAGGUGCCAUCAAAGUCGCGAGUUACCUAGAAUCCCACCAAACAGUAAUAUAGAAACGCCCCUCUCCCCGAGAGACAUAGAAGGUGAUUUUCCUCCUGGGAAUGAAGGACCCUACGAAGUCCUGAAGGACAGCUCAUCUCAUGAGAAUAUUAUUGAAGAUUCUCUGUAUGAAACUGUAAAAGAAAUAAAAGAGGUGAAUGCAUUAACUGGGGUGGAAGAAGGGAACCGAGCUUUAGAUGAGCAGGAUGGGAGCCAGCCAGUUAAAGUGCUGAGGAUGGAGGCCGCGGCAGAAUACGCCUCCGUAGAUCACAACAGAAAGAGCAGACACAGCAUCAAUACGCAAAGUGCCGCCAGCACCCCAACAUCUCAAGAGGAAGACGUUCCUCCUCCCUUGCCGAAAAAACUCCUGGACGAGAAUGAAAAUGUACAAAGCAAAGAGGAGGACGACCAAUCUGAGGAAAAGGAAGAUAAACUGGAAGGAACAAGCAAUGAGGAUAAGAGACAAAGUUCUAUAUCCUAUAAAUCCCGGGAAGAAGAUCCAUGUUUAACGGAUGAGGAAAUCUCUGCGAUGUAUUCCAGCGUUUCCAGACCUACGCCGCCUCGAAGCCUUCAAGAAGAAUUCUCUCACUAUUCAUACAUUCAAGAUGUUGGGACUGACCUAUCUCCAACCACUUGUAACGGUACAUAUGCUACAGUCAGGGACAUUGACAAGAACCCCGGUGUCAUCUCGCCGUCAAAAGACCAAAUAAACGGGGGGGCAGAUCCAGAAUACGAAGCCAUCACAACCCUAACGAGAGAAGAAGAGAGGACUUUGCCAUUCUCGAGCACGAGCCAGGUCGUUCUUCCGCAGGGAGAGAGUGACUAUGAAAGUAUUGGCGACUUGCAACAUAAUUCCGAUUAUUCUAGACUUUAAGUAAACCGCUCUUUUUUUCUUUGGUGGAAAUGGCACACGAUUUCUAUAGGGCUUAUGAUCUACUAGCUACUAGUGGAUUGAUUAAAAAACAAAAAGCACACGUAUGCUCGCGGAAACCGCCUUCGGUUGCAUGACGCGGUUUAUUUUUAAUCCGGGAUCUUUUCUGGUUCCUCAGCGGCGAGAAAAAACUGCUAUAUUUUUUUUGUAUUUUUUUUUUUUAUCUGCCUUUUAAUGUAUCUGGAAUUAUUGCCAAAUAUCGAGUGCUAUAAAAUGCAAUCAACUUUUAGGUACUUUGUCAACUCUACAGUAUUCUGAAUCAUAGUUUUUUUUUCAGCAAUCGGUGAGAUGUAUAAGAGAUAUAAUAUCUGC